AUGCCCGACUUACUUCUUCCACCCCCUUACCCGCCCACACAACCCCUCUGGUGCUGGCGGCUGGCACUUGUGCUGGUUCCUGGUGCUGGCGGCUGGCGCUGGUGCUGGUUCCUAGUGCUCGUGCUAGUUCCUGGUGCUGGUUCUUGGUGCUGGCGGGGUUCUCUGCUGGCGAGGUUCUCUGCUGGCGGGGUUCUCUGCUGGCGGGGUUCUCUGCAGGCGGGGUUCUCUGCUGGCGGGGUUCUCUUGUGGCGGGGUUCUCUGCUGGCGGGGUUCUCUGCUGGCGGGGUUCCUUGCCGGCGGGGUUCUUUGCUGGCGGGGUUCUCUUGCUGGCGGCUGGCCCUGGAGCUGGUGCUGGCGCUUGUGACUAGCGUCGGUGCUGGUGCUGGUGCUGGCGGCUGGCGGGUCCAAUGGCAGCGUUCGGCCGCCACUCCCUGCCCUUCUUCCGUCACCCCCCCCACAGCGACCGCCGCUGCAUACGCGAACAAGCACGACGGGGGGUGGUGA